CUGGCAAACCACACUCUGUAAUGGAUAAACAGCUGAUUCUGGUAGCAAAUGCACACAUGCACUGGGACCCAGAAUAUUCUGAUGUGAAGUUGGUUCAGACAAUGAUGUUUCUUUCUGAAGUAAAGAACAUAAUUGACAAAGCCACACGGAAUCUCAGGCCUAGUGCUUCGGGGGAACAUGCAACAAUUCCACUUGUACUGUGUGCAGAUUUGAAUUCCUUGCCAGAUUCUGGUGUGGUUGAAUAUUUGAGUACUGAUGGCGUAGAAACAAAUCAUAAAGAUUUCAAGGAACUGAGAUAUAAUGAAAGUCUCACUAACUUCAGUUAUAAUGGGAAAAACGGAACUACCAAUGGAAGGAUUACUCAUGGUUUCAAGUUGAAGAGUGCCUAUGAGAAUGGUUUAAUGCCUUACACAAAUUACACAUUUGAUUUCAAGGGUAUUAUUGAUUACAUCUUCUAUUCUAAACCUCAGCUGAAUAUUCUUGGCAUCUUAGGACCUUUGGAUCAUCAUUGGCUAAUAGAGAACAAUAUAAGUGGCUGUCCACACCCGCUCAUUCCUUCUGACCACUUCUCACUUUUUGCACAACUGGAGCUGGUGCUGCCUUUCCUGCCGCCGGUAAAUGGAAUCCAUCUGCCUAGCAGGAGGUAGUCAAGUACAUUUUAGAGGACAACCUCUAUGUAAUUUGUAAAAUUGUAAAAUCUGAAUAUAGAGGAGUGAGGUAUGGCCAACAGGGAUCUUUCUUAAUGAUCUUAAUUUUAAAUCUAAUAAUUUGUUAAAGAAAUAGUAAAAGCCAGGUGCUAUCAGACACACAAUUCUGAGCCCAACAUGCUUUAUAUACUGUUAGACAGGGAUUGGUGCAUGGGCACCUUUCUUAGAUUUGUUACCAAUAAUCUGUUUGUUUUAUCCAAUGUAAUAUUUCAUGCCUUGAAAAUAGGGAAUUACUAUAAUAAAUUCUCUUUUGCACAGAUAUCUGUAGCACUACUUUUUGAGGCCAGUAGUUAAAAAUCAAAAGACCAUUCUUCCAUACUUCACUCCCUUCUUUUUCAGACUUGUUUGUUUGUAAAAUAUAGAAUUUGAAUUUAGCCUUUAUUGAUUGUAUAUGAACAACAGAAAACCUGAUUUAUGAGAUUUUGUACUUAAAAAAAAUCAGAUUUGGAAAAUGAUUGUAUUGUAAACUAAGGCUAAAUUUUUAUCUGUUUCAUGUGUUAUAAAGGCCAGCUUGUAAAAGAAGUUGCACCAGAUUUUCUCUGCUAAUGAUUUGCACUGUUAGGGCUUUUAGCCCAUAUGUACUACUUCAUUUUUUUAAAAUUGAGAACACCGCUUUUAAAUCUGAAUUUGGUAAAUUCAUAGUUAACAUGCAUCCGUUUCUUUCUUUCUUUUAACUUAAAGUGGCAACUUUCACUUGUUUUUUGGAGCAGAUAAGCUAAGCAGUGUCUGAUUAGGCUUUUUGUGGAUGGAUAGCACUCAUCAGUAUGAUCACUAGCAUUUUUCCUGUCAGAAGUGGGUUGGGCAGAACAUUGUGUACAGCUCUUUAGUUUCUGUGUUGAGUCACCAAUUUCCUAUCUCCACUGUGCCUGCUUGAUUUUGUUCUCAAUUAGCACUGCCUGUGCAUGCAGAGGGAACCUGGGCAUCCUCUUUUAUUUUUUAAAAAAUAAUGUUAACAUUUUGUGAAAAUUUUAUGAAGAUACUUUUGUAUAAGCUGUGGCAUCUAUUUUGUUUUCCUUUUGUGAAGCGUUGGAAUAUCACUUUUAUGAACAUGCUCAGAUGGUGGGUACACAAAUUCUAAGCUUCUGAUACCCCUGCACUGCUUCUUUCAAUGUUAUUGCAUAAUGCUGUUUCUUUCCUAGCCUCACUUCCCCACUAAAUAUCAUCAUGUGAAUUCCUUUUUCAAUUUAACUGUAUUCCUCAGUCGCCAUUCCUUGAAGAUUAAGUAUGCCGUCUUCUAUUUUAUGAAGCAGUGUAAUUAGAAAUGCUUUUUCAGUACAGGUUCCCUAGACAACAUUUCAGAUCAAUCAUUAAAGUGACCAAGUCCUUUUCUGUAAAGUGUCAACAAAAAUAAAAUUGUGUACCCACAUAGUGCCAUUAGUGUUUGAAAGCCGUGUGUGUGUGUGUGUAUUUGUAUAUACACACACAAACAGACACACACACACAAUCUGUUCUAAAGGGGAAUUUUAUCGAAUCCUUAAUAGGCAUACCUUCAAUAUUACCUUAUAUAAAGAAAGAACUUGGUCAAACUGCUUUUGUUUCAACUGCAGGCAGAGAAAUAAAAGCUCGCUCUUGUAUUGAGAUUCUGAAAAUAAUGACUUUUAAAAAAAUAAAAAUGGAUCUUAAUUGAAUAUUUUAUAAAGAGGAAAUUAUCUGCACUUAGAAGUGCUUAACCAUUUUGUUUUGAAGAGAACAAUAAUAAAUUUGCAAUGAAUUCAUAUUUAAAACAUUUUAAAGUUUCAGUAGAAAAAGGGGAGAUCUUGAAUCCUUGUCUAGGACCUGAUUUUUUUUCUUUUGUUGUUGUUGUGGGGUUUUUUCUUUUUUGUUUGUUUGGGGUUUUUUUUUUUUUAGUUAUUCAAAUACCAAACAUGUCCAGUUUAUAAUCAGUACAUCGGAAUGCUGGUAACAAUUGAUGUAGUAGAUCCAAUGAGUAGUGAUGGUUUUUUUGUUCUUUUGUUCUUUUUUUGGUUCGGGUUAUUUUGUAAAAGUGUGAAUAAAAGGUGUUUUACUCAUCUUUCCUUAACAAUGUGUUGGUAAUGUAUGUCAUGACAAUUUUCUCUGACAGUGGAACCAAUUUAGCUUGUCAUAUUUUGCAACUCUUUGUUUCCUGAUCAUCUGGAUUAUUUAGUAGUAUGUCCAGAAAGCUUUAUAGAAGGGAAGCACUUAUACAUUUUAUAUUUCUUGGAAGGAGUUGAUUUUUUUUUUCCAUUUAAGUUGGAGCUUGAGUGCACUUGGUAAAUCUUAAAGGUUUAAGCUUUACAAAUCCAUUUUCACCUUCACUUGUUCCGUCUUAAAUACAUAUCUGUAUGAAUUUGUGGUAGCAUAUUCAGUGCUUAGAAACCUAUUCAGGUGCUCUUCUAUCCUUGCCUGGGCAUAUUGCAGUCUCCGAGCUGCUCAAAUUAAUUUUCUAUGUUUGGAUAAGAAGAUGAAGAAUAAAAUCUCCUCAGAAACAAUAGAGCCCCUUUGGCAUCAGUGGACCUUUGGUCAAAUCCUGCAGCAAUGAAUUGAAGCUCACAUUGAGGAAAUAUUCUGCAACUUUACUGAAUUACAUUAAUUGCACCAAGUGUAAUACUAUUUUUAAAUAAUUUUCUGCAUCAAACAAAUUCAGAUAUUUAAUAAAUAAAAUGCAAUAAACAAUGUCUUCACAAAAUGCUAAUUUCCAGUAACUUUAACAAUUUAUUUACUUAAGGUGGCUUUGGAUGUUGCCAUAAUAUAUGUUCAGUAUUUCUUAUUAAUGUAACCACAUAUAUUAAAUCAAAAGUAUAGAACAUUGCUGGGCAUGAAAUGUCCUGUCCCUGUCUCCUAAUUUAAGAAAAGAACUACAUAUGUCUGUUUGGUUAUGAAAUGGGCAUACAUUCAAUUGUUAACAGAACUUAAAUGGAAAAUAUAAACGUUAGGGAUUUUGAAAUGUUAAGAUCACCGAGAAAAAUAUAAGAGGAUAUGUGUGUAAUUAUUUUGUCCCUGUUUAUUUGUGGGUUUAAAACAUACAAAGUCUCCAUUGUAAAACUAACCAUUCAAAAUGCAGACUUGCACCCACUUAUGUAAAUCUCUGAUAAAAUUAUAUGAAUUUUGCUGUGGCUUAAACAUAGAAUAGUAGGUUCAGAUGUCAAGUUCUCACUUCAUCCAUAGGACAAAGAACUCAAAGACAAAAUAAUUGCACUACCAUUUUUCAACAGAGUUAAUCACUGCAAAUUUCCAAGUCAAAUUUACUGCUUAAGUAGUGAGUCUGUUUUAUUUUCCCCAUCCAGCCUGACACAGUAUUUUCAUAUAUGUUAACUCCUGAUAUACUUUUCAGUUGUGUAAGCUUCUUUAAAAUGUAGGUAAUCUUGGUAUGUUUUAAGUAGUGUCUAAAUUUUAGGUAGUCUCUAUUCACAGUACUUCUGUAUAACGUGUAAUGCACUGGACUAACUCUUGUUUACCAUAUGUGUAACAAAAAAAAAAAACCAGCACAUCAUCUGCACUAAGCUCAAAGAAUGUUGCAUUUGUCCAUAGGCAGCUCUUCAAUAUGAUAAAUGGGAAAUUGAAUAUGGUCUGAUGGUAAACAAGGGCUUUUACUGUUCUCUUCAGUGGAACUUUCUUCUUGGUCAAAUUUUAACUAGCUAGUAUUAUAUUUAUAUACAGGGUUGUCUUUUUUUUCUUUACCAAUGUAUUUUCCUACUCAUAGCUGACCAAUAAAUUCAAUAUCUGUUUCAAAUCUC